AUGUCGUGGAUUGUACGCGCAAGGGGAGAAGUCGAUCAUGCAAUCACGUUUGCCUUGCUUUGCCUUACAGGUAUACGAGUCGCAUGGUCUAUAGCAUAUGGGGCCAUUUUCAUGGUUAUCACAGCUUCUGCUCCUACAAGCAACGUCCUUGGUGCCAUCAAUGGCCUCGGCCAAACCUCUGCGUCGGUAGCUCGUGCCAUUGGUCCCGCCUUGGCAACUUCGCUCUUUGCUGUAUCGAAGGAGCACAACCUUCUAGGAGGAAAUGCAGUUUUUGUCGUCUUGAUUGUGUUGGCCGGUGGAUUGAGAUGGCUAGCGUCCCAGUUGCCAGAUGAAGUACAAGACAGGGACGAGUAA